CUUUUGACAAAAAUCACAUGACAAUAUUGGGACGGGAGCAGAUCGAAGAUUACUUUUGCAUCAUGCUUCGUUCGUUCGUUUGUCUUCUUCUUGUUACUGUUGUAUGCCUUGCAUCUCCUUCUUUUAAAAGAGUUGUAAGACUUUCUGAUCCUUUUGGAGAACUUGGAUGGGAACUUCAAGAAUUGCAAGUCGAAGAUUAUGUGAAAGGUUCCGUGUGGCCUAAACCUCAAGGAGAAACUCCUUCAGGUGCUGUGUAUAAGUUGACGCCGGAGAAUUUUCAGUUUUCUAUCACUGGUGAGAGCAGCGAUGUUCUCAAAGAAGCCGUCGAACGUUAUAAAGUGUUAACAUUCCCAGACAAUAUGAGCGUAUCGAAGAAGAAUUUGUCCCAAAUUACUAAGCUAACUGUUGAUGUGGUUGACAAGUAUGAAAAUCUCACUCUGGAUUCCGACGAAUCUUAUAAACUGGAAGUUAAAGCUCCAAUGUCCUCCAUUUUUGCUUAUACUGUGUGGGGAGCACUGCGAGGCCUUGAAACAUUCAGUCAGAUUGUUCACCAAGAUCUAGAUGGCUUUUAUUUUGCUAAUGGGACACAGAUUGUGGACUAUCCUCGUUUCCAUCACAGAGGAUUUAUGAUCGACACCUCUAGACACUAUCUAAAUCUCUCUGUUAUCUUUAAGUUCCUGGAUGCCAUGUCAUAUGGAAAGUUUAAUGUUCUUCAUUGGCAUGUUGUGGAUGAUCAAUCCUUUCCAUUUUACAGCAAAACAUUUCCACAGCUGAGUGGAGUGGGUGCAUUUAAUAACCAAACGCAUAUUUAUACUGAAGAAGAAGUUAGUGAGAUCCUGGAAUAUGCAAGAAUGAGGGGAAUAAGAGUUGUUCCUGAGUUUGACACACCUGGUCACACCUUUUCUUGGAGGAGUAUUCGCAAUCUACUGACACCAUGCUACAAAGGAGAGAAACCAUCAGGAUCUUAUGGACCCAUUAACCCAAUCGUAGAGGCCAACUAUGAUUUCCUGACUAAGUUCUUUCGAGAGGUGGCAGAAAGAUUUCCAGACAAGUACAUUCACCUGGGUGGUGAUGAAGUACCCUUUAACUGUUGGCAAAGCAACCCUGAGAUUACUGAGUGGAUGACUAAAAUGGGCUACGGCAAAAACUACUAUUUACUGGAGCAAUACUAUGAACAGAAGCUUUUGAAGAUAAUAGGGAGUCUAGAGAAAGAUUACAUUGUCUGGCAAGAAGUGAUUGACAAUAACGUGGAAGUUCUGCCAAACACUGUAGUUAAUGUUUGGAAAAGCAGUCCAGCUUGGCCAGAUGAGAUGGCUAAGGUGACAGGGAAAGGUUUAAAAGCCAUUCUGUCAUCUUGUUGGUACUUGAACUAUAUUUCCUACGGAAUAGACUGGCAUAAGUACUACCAGUGUGAUCCAGAGAAUUUUAAUGGGACGGAUGCGCAGAAGAAACUGGUUAUGGGUGGAACUGGUUGUAUGUGGGGAGAAUUUGUAGAUGGAACAAAUAUCUUGCCGAGAACUUGGCCCCGUGCACUUGCUGUUGCUGAGAGACUUUGGAGUAGCAAAUCAGUGACAGACCUGGCUGAUGCAGACAGUAGGCUUUGGGAACAUCGCUGCCGCUAUCUCAGGCGUGGCAUCCCUGCUGAGCCAGGAGUCGAGGCCAAGUAUUGCCGUCACGAAUGGAAUGUCUGAAGACAAGAAUUGUUGAGAAAAAGCUAUUUUCCUAUUUUCUUUUGUAAUAGAUUUGUGUAUUUGCGUGUGACAUAAAUUUAGUUUCUGUAAUGGUUAAAAAAUCCAUGUUAAGUUCCUGGUUUCUAUUCUUUGAUCCAGUUUUGAAAUAAAAUAUUAAAGCAUAGAAAAUCUGGCCGGUA